AGCCCCCAGGGCCAGGAUUGUGUGCCCUUAAUCGACAUCACAGAAUCCAGCCAUCUUCCAACAACUGAUCCAGGGCAGGGUCACGAGAGGGCCUGGAGCACAGGGCACAGGAGAAGGGAAUUCCCUGGUCUAGAUCCACCCACAAAAUGUUUCUGAAUAUCAAUCUAUUGGGGAGGGUUUAACAAAAAGCGGGCAGAAGUAUCAAUGAAUCUUAGCAAGAGAUUGAAACACAGGCAUUCACUCACAGUGGGAUGCUUUAGUUACUCUUAAAACCUCGGGGUUCAGAAGAGGCAGCUUCCCCUCCGCUUGCAUUAAUCAUCACCAUCUGUCAUCAUCCAGUUCCUUCCAGUCUAUCCUGCAGGUGACAAAUAGUAAGCCAGACACAAUCAUAAGAAUGUGUUUCUCGUCAGGUAUGUACACUUAAUUCUUCCAGCUAGCUCAAAAGCAGUUUUAGUAUCAGUUUGCAAGCAAACUAGGUGGAUCUACAGUAUGGCUGAAGUGAUGGAGACCGUAAAGUGUGUGGUUGUGGGAGAUGGUAUAGGUACUUUCAAGCUCCACAUAAUGACAGCUGAGACUGUAUACGCCAGACUUUUAGAGAAGGAAUUUGCCACGAAUCAUUACACACAAAAAGACAAAUUUAAGGCCAUCCAGAGGCCCAGCUCAGGUUCAUGGUGUCAUUUACCUUACUUAUUCAGCAGAGGCACUGAACUUCCGAAAAAUACACGAAUUUCCUUAUUGCGCAAGAAGCAGAGUCCAGCCUUCCUCCUGCUCCGCGAAGCGGAGAGCCCAUCCGCACGUGGCACCGGCUCUUGAGAUUAUUAUUAUCUGGUUAACAGGAUUAUGGACGGUUGAUUUUUUUUUUUAAUCUUUUUGUAAAUACCUGUUUUGAAAAUACUCUGGACUGUAGCACAUUCCGCAUUUUUCAUCACUAGUUGAGAACUGUUUUAAGCUGUUAUAAUGGCCAUAUCAGAAAUAAACAAUUGAUCCCUCUAAAUAUUCUUAAUUGCUCUGAUCUUGCAGGGUUGUGACCAAAUGUGCCUAAUUUUCUUACAGCAAACACAAUGAGUGGAUAAAGCUAAACCAAUACAUUUAAACUCUUGGUGACGCUGCCUUUUUUUUGUGGUAACCAACUGGGGUACCAAAUUCCAGUUAUAAUAAAAGUCAGCUUGGAUAUGGUUGUUUCUGCACAUGUCUACAUACAGUUAAAGAAGUAACUGUUUGACAGUUGACGUUUGAGUCAGUUAAAACUCCCUUAAGAUCUUAAAUACUGUAUAUGAAUCUUAAAAUUACAGCUGCAUUCAUCGAAUGAUUUCAUCUACGAGUAUUCGACUGUUUUUUUGUGUGGAAAAUUCUGCCCAUCAGAAGUAUACUAACAUACUUCGGUACUUUACGGGCAGCUUGCAGGACCGUCCCCGUCAUCUAUUCUGUUUACUUAGUCGUGUUAUGGUACUUGCGAAAAGAGCUAUACAGGCGCCAACGUCGCACUCAGAAUAUGAACUACACAUGAUUUUUCCAGUGCUCCAGUAAAGAUUUUUGUCACAUGCAACAUAUCCAGACUAUAACCUGCCGUGAAACGAAAUGUGAUCAAAUCUGUCAUAAUCAAAUAGCAAUAUCAAUAAAAGAGCAAAACAGGAAAACACAUAUAUUUAUACAUAUAUUAUAUGCAAGUAAGGAACGGAGAGUUUUAUUGAUAAAGAACAAAAACUUCCGAAAUGUGCAAUAUGGCAAAAUUAAUUGUUUAUCAGAUAUUUACCAGCUAUUGACUAGGUGCUGGAUUGCGGAACGUAUUUAAUAUUUGUUGCAGUAUCACUUUUAACUAAAACGAAACGAAAGUAACGAAAGUUUUAUUUGUGCGCUAGCCUUCUAAUUUAAGAAAAACAUGUCAACUGGUUAGAAGAUAAAAGUUUAACUGGUUAUAAUCAUUUUCCACAGGAACCUUAUUGCAAAACAGGAGGUGGUGCCGAGCUGGUUAAACAACUUAGUAAACAGGAGAUCCUAGUUUUGAAUGCCGCCGGACUGUGGGUAAAACAUGCUUGAUGAUGAGCUUCGCCCACAAUGCUUUCCCGGAAGAAUACAUACCCACAGUGUUCGACAAUUACUCUGCCAAUGUGAUGGUGGAUGGGAAGCCAGUGAGCCUGGGACUUUGGGACACUGCAGGGCAAGAAGACUAUGACAGAUUGCGUCCUCUGGCUUACCCUGAGACAGAUGUCUUUCUGGUCUGCUUCUCCCUUGUGAGUCCUGACUCAUUUGAGAAUGUCCGCGCCAGGUGGUAUCCAGAGGUCAGAAACCAUUGCCCCAACACUCCCAUCAUCCUUGUAGCCACCAAGCUUGACCUGCGGGAUGACAAAGCUACCACUGCAGAGCUGAAAACGGAAGAUCUCACCCCUAUCACCUCGUCUCAGGGUUUGGCCAUGGCUAAAGAGAUCAGAGCGGUGAAGUACCUGGAGUGCUCAGCCCGGACUCACGAUGGCCUUAAAACGGUGUUUGAUGAAGCUAUCAGAGCGACACGUAACCCGCUGCCAGCCAAGAAGAGGAGCAGGAGCUGCUUGCUGCUUUAAAGCAGGGGGUGUAUGUUUGACAGCCCUGCUCUAAAGUUUACACAGGGAAAUAAAUCAAAUGAACAGACUGGAAUGUUUUAUGAAACUAAUGAAUUUUAUGAAAAUAAUCAAUGGUUUUCUCAAAUACCCAACCAAACGAUUACAGAGAAGUUAUGCUUAGUGAUGCUGCUUAAAAAAAACAAAACUGAAAGCAGAUAUCAUUUGAUAGUUAUGUUCAUGGGCAUGCAGUUUCCAUAUAUAUUUCACCAAGUACAGACUGAAGGAAAUACCUUUGAAACUUCUCAUACAAUUAUUUUGCCCCUGAAACCUCUGUGCCUUGACCAGUGCAUCAAAAUCAGGUGACAAAUACUGAGUAGUUGACUGUCUAGGCCUAAUAAUGUAAUUUAGGUGCUUAUGUGUGAGCAAGAGUUCGGAUCAAUAAAGAACGUUAAGCGUGCUUUUAUUAAUAAUCAAGAAAUCGUUUGCGUUUAGCUUGAUUGUACAGCCGAUAUGUUUUAUUAAAUUAUUCAUGUAUAUUAAGAUAUAUGUUUAUCGAUAAUUAUUAUUUGAUUGACUUUAUACCACAAUGUGAGGUAUAGACGUACACAUCUGUGAUUCCAGAUACUGGCAGAACAGAAUAAAAAAGAUCUGAUAUGCAAAA